AUGGAAAGUGACGUCCGAAUCAAGGUCAAGCGCGAGAAAGUCGAUCUCGUGGUACCGCGCGUCCAGUGGUUUGGCGGGGUCAAUCCGCUUGCCACUCUUGGCACUUGGAGAAAACCUUCCGCUUGCGGUCCACAAAUAGAGCAAUCAUCUCCAGAGCGAGGUUCGCUUGAUAUGGAGGUUGAGCCGGUCAACGACCCGCUCCGAGAUAGACUCGACCCGAGCUUGAUGGAGGGAACCAGGUUGGGCUCGCAGGCUCGUUCCAGGAUUCUCUCCGUGACGAAUAAGAUUGCACCCAUUGGCGAUAGGCUACAGGCUGCUUGA